CUGUUUUGCUUCCAACUGUUUUGACGGUACACCAAAAUGUCCAUGCUAGUCUUAUAUCUGUGAGUCUGUGACCGCUGUGAUGAAAAUGUGUCGUUUAUGACGUUUAAUGAUCUGUACCACUGCGCUAAAAUUGAGGUUUUGAAAACAGUUUAAUCACAGUCAUGGCUCGAGUCGUGAAAGUGUUUCGGACUUUGCGAAAUCAUUGGAAGAAAAGCACAUUUGCUGUGUGUGUCUUGUCCUACGGUGGAUACUGGCUGUAUGGAAAACACUGUGACAGCGUCCUGCGCAGAGAGGCGUGUCUACUAGCCAGGGAAUAUGGACAGCAGCAGAUAGCACCACAGGAGCGAAUCAGGAAAGCAACUGUGAUUUUGAACCCUGCAGCUUGCAACGGGAAAGCCAACAACCUAUUUGAAAAGAAUGCUGCUCCUAUUUUACACCUGGCUGGUGUGCAGAUUACAGUAGUCAAGACAGACUAUGAAGGCCAGGCAAAAAAACUGAUCGAGUUAAUGGAAGAAACAGACAUGCUGAUCGUGGCUGGAGGAGAUGGCACGUUGCAGGAAGUGAUCACAGGUUUACUGAGAAGGCCAGACCAAGACGUCUUCAGUAAGACACCAAUUGGAUUCAUUCCACUAGGCUCCCAUAAUUCCCUCAGUCCAAGUCUUCAUCUCCUCAGUGACAACAAGGUCAAGGACAUCACAUCAGCAACACUGUCAAUACUGAAGGGAGAAACUGUACCGCUGGAUGUGCUCCAAAUCAAAGGAGAGAAAGAGCAGCCAGUCUUUGCUCUGAUGGGACUGCGUUGGGGGGCUUUUAGAGAUGUGGCUUCAAAAAUCAGCAAAUAUUGGUACCUCGGACCGCUGAAGACGAAUGCGGCACAUUGGUUUAGCACUCUGAGGGAGUGGCCUCUGGUCCGGGAUGUCUCUGUGUCCUAUUUGGCUCCCACGCUUCGGCCCCCUGACCUGCCCCCUGUGAAGGCCCCCAGGCCGAAUCUGAUCUACCGCAUCAUCCGCAGGCUGAAGAACUACUGGAACCCACCAGCUGAAGAGCCUCCAAAAGUGGAAGAGCCAGAGAAGUGGGAAGAGCAGCAGCUGUCAACGUUAGAGCUCUUUAUUCAAACACACAACAAAAACCCAGUGGAGAGGCGCAUCAAUGACUCCCUCAGGAUCAGUGCAGAGACUCACAACUUGACCAUGGGCGAGUUCAUUACUGCAGGCAAUAAAAAAGCAGCAGACCCGACUGUAUUCACUGAAAAUGCCACAGAAUUGGAGGCUGGUGCUUGCCGGCUGCAGCUGCCAGAGGGCGCCUCUGGCUUCUACAACAUCGACAAUGAGGAGUAUGAGGCGAUGCCUGUGGAGGUAAGGCUGUUGCCACGGAAACUCCGCUUCUUCAUCAGUGCCGAGCGCAGAGAGCAGCUCCUCUCACAGAUCCAGUGAUGAGAAAACAGAGAAGCCGAAAGAAGACAAGAACAGCGGGACAGAAGCCGAAUUCGAGGGAAGUCAAAGAACCAGAUGCCAUCAAACCCAGAGUUCACCCUCAAAAUGGAUUUUUGCUUUGCCAGCAGUUUUUUAAAUGAUCGUGAAGUGCUGAUGGGGGCUGUUUUGCUCCAUGUAAACAUAAAAUAUUCAGUACCAGUUACAAAAACAACUACCUUACAGGCUGUUUGCUGUAUGUUAAAGGACCAAGGCUUCUUUUCUAAGCCAGUAACCCAUGCACAGGCUGUCUUACAGGAUGUUUACUGAAAAGUUCACUAUUAACAUGGUCAAUAAAAAUAAUGUCUGCCCA